CGGGUCUCGCUCUGCCUUUCCUCGCCCUGGAUGUCACAAGAAGCUGAGACACCCCCCCCCGGAUUUCGUUUGCCCGCCCUUGCAAAGCAAUCCCACUCCACCUUCCCUUGCGCGUGGCGGAGGGGGCUCCCUUGCAAAGGCUACAAUGUCACCUGAUGAAAUUGUCUACUUGGCGGUCCUUCUCAUCUCUAUACCUGUUGGUUUCCUCUUCAAGCAAGUUGGUCCGAAGACCAAAAAAUAUGGAGCAGCUGUUGUAGGACUUGCACUUAUUCUGGUGACUUGCCAGAUCCACAUCCUUCAUUCCCUUAUCACCAUUCUGGGGACAUGGCUUAUUAUCAAUAUCUCACCAAGGGCUUGUCAUCACCUGACAUUGGGAUGGACAUUUUCCUACUUACUUUUUUUCCGCACAGUUACUUAUUUCAACUAUCCAGAGCCAACACCAUUCACCAAUGCUGUGCAACUUUUGCUCACUCUUAAGCUGCUGAGCUUAGCCAAUGAGGUACAAGAACUCAUUCAGGCGAAGAAACAGGAAGUGACAACCUUCACCAAAUCUCCAGUGAUUGGUACAGUUCUUCAAAAACCGGGGUUGGUGGAGAUACUGUGCUACAGUUACUGCUACGUGGGGCUUAUGACAGGCCCAUUUUAUCGCUAUCGUACGUAUCAUGACUGGUUGAGCCAGAUUGAUCCCUCUGUUAUCCCUAGCUGGCAGCCGAUGCUUUCCAGAUCCAGAAUGAUCCCCAUCUUUGGAAUAUUUUUCCUGGUUGUCUCCCACUUCUUCCCCCUUGAUUACGUCCGAAGCAAUGCAUUCUAUGAGAGAGGACUCCCUUUCCGCCUCUUCUACAUGGUGCCCAUUUUCUUUGUCUUCCGUAUGCGUUUCUAUGUUGCCUGGCUUUGCGCCGAGUGCGCCUGCAUUUCUGCUGCUUUUGGUGCCUAUCCAGUCACAGCCAAAUCUCGGUCAGGUGGAGGACCUACAGUGGAAUAUGAGCCUUUAAGUCGCAGAUCAGCUGACGGAGAAGCAUCCAGUGUUGCCUAUGAUUAUGAGACGGUCAAAAACAUUGAUCCGCAUGGGACAGAUUUUUGUGUCAAAGUAAAGGAUGGCAUGCGCUAUUGGAACAUGACUGUCCAGUGGUGGUUGGCACAAUACAUCUACAAAAGUGCACCUUUCCACUCCUAUGUCAUGAGGAGUGCCUGGACAAUGCUUAUCUCAGCCUACUGGCAUGGGAUCCACCCUGGGUACUACAUCAGCUUCCUUACCAUCCCGCUCUGCCUAGCAGCUGAGGGGGCCAUGGAGAGUGGAUUCUUGAAGCACCUCUCCCCAUCUGGGCGUCUUUGGGGUGACUGGAUACAGUGGUUCCUGAAGAUGAGGGCCUAUGACUACAUGUGUAUGGGUUUUGUGUUGCUUACCUUUGAGGAUACCAUUCGCUAUUGGAGCUCAGUCUAUUACUGCGUCCAUGUGGGAGCUGUGUUUUUCUUCCUGCUGGGAACAGUGUUGGGGAUCCAGAGGAAAUGGAGCUCCCCAAAAGAUAAACAGGGCUCUCCACAGAAUCCCAAGCAACAGGAAUGAGAGGGCAAAAGUUGAUGUUGCCGUAUACCCACAGCAAGGAACGCUACCAUAGGCCCCGGAGGCUAAGGGAACAAAUCAAACUGUGUAAGUCUAGUUUUGAUAUAUGUCAUGACUGUAAAUGGGGAUUGAAGGAAGUAAUCCGAGACGGAACUUGGAAAUCCCUACUUUUGGUCUGCUUUGUGACAAAUGAUUUAGAAAGCCUAAAAAUAUUGCCACCUAGGCUAUUCUACUCAACACCAGGGGAUUCUGAGAAAAGAAAACUUCUCUAGAUCUUAACUUCUAACUCAGUGUUUCAGCAAUUUUAAAAUCUAUGGACUUCAUCCCACAUGCUCACUAGGGAAUUCUGGGAGUUGAAGUCCAUCCAUAUUAAAGCUGUUGAAGCUGAGAAAUACUGUUCUGAUCCUCUUCUUUUGUUAGGUUUUCUUUCUAGCUUUCACUCUACUUCCAUAAAGUUUAGGAAUCUUCUGACUCCUCUAUAGUCUUGUUUUUCUUUUCAUUUAUUUUUAAGUCCAAACCUCAGCCAUUUUAUAGGAUAGGGCAGUGAUGGCGAACCUUUUAGACACCGAGUGCCCAAAUUGCACAUGCAAUUUGCAAAUUGCACCCGCACACAUACCCAAACUGAAAGGUGCGCACACAUGUGCAUGCACGGGCAUGCACGGACAUCUGGCCGGCAGGAGGCAGGGCAUCCCAACACCGGCAGCUCGGCAAAAGGUAAGAUCUUUUUCUUUUGUGAGCUUCUGUUUUGUUGUUUGCAGGGAAACAAGCUCACGAAAGAAACGCCACGGAGAUCUGACCUGGGACGAUGGCGCGCGUGCCUGCCUGCAGAGAAGGCUGUGCAUGCCACCUCUGGCAUAUGUGCCAAGGGUUCGCCAUCACGGGGAUAGGGUAAAGGAAUUACACCCUACUGGCUGUUACGGAACUCCAGCCAAAUAUAACAAUAUUAUAGGCAAUGGAAUAUAUACUAUAACUGCAUAGCAUCUGAAGGAUCACACAUUCUCUGUUCUUUAACCAGUAGGAUUUUUAGUUCUGUAAUACGCAUUCUGUAACUAACUGAUCCCCAACUUUCACUGUCAUUUUUAUUUUCUUUAAAUGUCAUAGUAGCCUUGAAAAUAUCUGCAUAUAUAAUGAGAUUUCUUGAAAGGGUGAAUUUGGAACUUUGUCUUUGGGUAGAUAAGAGGUAAGGCUGUCAUAUUUGAGCUGCAAAAAUUAGGAUGGUCAUUAGAAGGCAGCUUCCAUCCAAUGAUCAUCCAGAUUUUGGCAACUCAGAUUUGGUAAUUAUAUAGAAAUGCUAAGAUUUAACAAAAAAAGCUCCAUCCAAGUGUUUUCAAUCACUUGUACAGAGAGAUGUGCAAAAAUGUGUUAGAUCUCACAAAAUCUUGAAUCAGUGACCCUGUUGCUCACAGAGGUGAGAUUCUGGAAUGUAAGCAGAUUUUUACAGGGCUGGAACCUGUUACACAAAAGUGAUGGAAACACAAAGAUUAGUUUGCUAAUAUAGAGGUACAGGUGGGGCUGGUGAACUAGUAAAGAAAUCAGAUGUUGCACACAAAGACUGCCAUAUUUAAGUAUGUUACUGUUAAAUAUAAGGAACAAAUGCAUGUUUGAUUUUUUUUAGCCAUGAUAUUUGGGGCUGAAAAUUUUUUAAAACUUUUUAGGGCAUAUAGGGCUGUGUCUUAUGGAACCUAAAAUGUGUACACUGAGUAUAAAAAGGUGGAUUUUAGUUUGCAAAACAUAAACAAAUAUAUUAGCUACCAGAAAAAUUAUUGCUCAGGUAAUACGUUUAUGUCUUAAGGAAAACUGUACACGAACCUGCUUGUGUUUGCAUUAUUUUUGGUCCAAACUAGUAUUUUAUUGGAAGGUACUUGGAAAAUAAAAUUGUUUUUGUUAAAAAAAAAGAAACAAAAACAUUAGUUUUUUGCACAGUUACACCUUGCUGGUGCUGAACAAAGCAGCAGAAAAUACACAUUGAAUUUGAGAAGUCUCCUGGCCCUUACUAUAAGGAGCUGGAUUUCAAGUGUCGUCUUCUUCCCAAAGAGCUAACCAUCCUCUGUACAGUGAAACAGUUCUAGUUUCUUUCAACUAUCACACUUCUCUGACUCAUUCAGUAAAUCCAGUAUAUAUAACCGA